GUGCGCCACAGAGGAAGAUGGGAGUCUGACACUUCAUUAUCACAGUUCCCGGUCGGGUUACCAUCCUUUAGUUAAAGGACUGCUUUGUGCAGUAGCAAGGGAAAUAUUCAACCAGAAGAUAAAUAUCGAGACAAUCAGCUGCGCCUCGGAGGAGAUCGAGGCAGGAAGUGACCAAGUCCACGUGAUAUUUCACGUGACGAUUCCUGACCAACCAGAGAGCAGACUGCAGGCAGAUACCACAGCACUGCAGAAAGUGUGUCGGCCUAGAAGAGUCAGCCCAGUUGAGGAUAUUGACAACGAACUUACUCCAGUCACUUUGAGUAAAGAACAACUAUCGUUUGCUUUUCCCUACCACCUGAUAUUCGACCAGAAACUUCGACUCAGACAGUUUGGUCAAACUAUCGCCAGACUGUCUCCAGUGGAACUUAGAGAAGGGAUGCAGAUAUCGUCUGCCUUUCAUAUUCUUUACCCUCGAAUCUCCUUCAAUGUCCAGAACAUAUGCCGGUUUAUCAACGCUAUUUUCAUCAUCGCGGUGGGGCCUGAAGCUGCGGAGUAUGACGAGCAUGGGUUUAGCAUGAAAGGCCAAAUGAUGUGGAUGACAGAUACGAAGCUGAUGAUCUUUAUUGGCUCUCCUCGAUUGAUGUCCUUGAAAGAGAUGAAGAGACUCAAUAUGUACAUGGCUGAUAUACCUUUGUAUGACGUCACCAGAGAAAUGGUUCUGUUGUAUCAGCAAAGGAAUGCGGAGAUAGAUAUCACAAAGAAGCUGGACGAAACCACAGCGGAACUGACAAGAACAUCGCGGGCUCUGGCCCUGGAGAAGCAGAGAACUGAGAAACUCUUGUACCAGAUGCUUCCAGAGAAGGUGGCCAAUCAGCUGCGAAACGGAGAGGAAGUUGAAGCUGAAAAGUUCGACCAGGUGACGGUACUCUUCAGUGACAUCGUCAAUUUCACAGAGAUUGCGGCUGCCUGCUCUCCCUUGGAUGUCGUGUCCAUGUUAAAUGGUCUCUAUCACCGGUUUGAUCUCAAGAGCAAUGAGCAUGGCGUGUACAAGGUUGAGACCAUCGGUGACGCUUACAUGGUGGUCAGUGGGGUUCCAGAUAUCACGGACAAACACGCUCAACUAGUGGCCAACUUUGCUAUGGACAUGAUCAACCAGGCUGCCUAUGUUCUGUCUCCGGACACCGGACAACCAUUACAGAUUCGUGUCGGCACCCACUCUGGUCCCGUGGUGGCAGGUGUGGUUGGAGUCAAGAUGCCCCGCUACUGCUUAUUCGGAGACACGGUCAACACAGCGUCUCGCAUGGAAAGUCACGCCGUGCCUGGGAGGAUCCAUAUCAGUACAGAGACUUUUGAAUUAAUCCGAGGCCACGGCUACAUCUGCAGAGACCGAGGGGAGGUUAACGUCAAAGGGAAGGGAGUCAUGAGAACUUACUUCCUGAUCGGCAGGGAGGACAAGAUGAUGCCGGAGCCGAACGACGAACAUUGUGCUCUUCCGUUUGCCAGAGACAGAAGCAAUGUUUCCCGGAAUCCACUAGGAAGAGCCAUUGCCAGUCUACAAAAUGGCUAUGCCCGGGAGCUACCAAACACGAUUCCAUCCAACAACAAGCAUACCAGUGUGCUCGGCAACAACGAACCUGGCAAAUGUGUAGACACAACUACUCAAAAAUCAAUCAAGGACGGUGUCUGUCCCAACAUUCAGUUUACGAACAGCAGUAACAUUGGUGUCAGAGACAACGAUAGUAAAAAGAAUAACGAAUGUAAAAACAAGGUUUAUAUAGUAAAAGAAAAACCUCAAGAUAUCAUUAACAACCAUUCUUCUAAAGUUGAAAGUGCACAGUUCAAGGAAACAUCGAGGUCACCGGAAAGAACACCACCCUCUCGCAAACUGAUCAAAAAUACGUCUCGGGUCAGUAGCACCGACCUUGACAGUGGCGUGUCUUUUGCUGAUCAGUUGACCUUUCAAGACAAUGCAAGUAAUUUACCGGAUAUUGCCUGGAAAGAUCCGGGAAAUUUAAUUAAAUUUAGCGAACAGCCUGGGUACGUGAACCAUCUCAUCAGAGGUGGUCGAGGUGGGGACAUGGGACGCUUGCCACUUCACAGCAAAACCUGCGUACUGUUGUGA